AUGAAGGCUGCUAACCAUGUGAAGGGUGCUACCGCCCUGGGUAUGCUGAACGACAUGCUCAAAUGGGACCCCUCGAAGAAACACAGGAGCAAAAACAAAGCGCGGGAGCGGCACGUAGAGAAGGAAGUCAACAAGAAGUACCUGAACAGAACAAAGCAAAUUGGCCGGAAAUAUAUCGAACAGGUGAUGAUUGAAUGUGGUGCAGACGACAUUACAAAUGACUCGGAAAGCUUUCUUACAGGAGGAAUGACAAAUGGAAUAGAAUCAUCUCCCACUAUGAGGAAGGAAAGAAAAGAUAUCGAAUUCACCCCUCUGUGUAACGCAGAAAUAGACCCUGUGGCGUGCAAGGUGAAGGGAAGAAAUUUGUACGAAGGCACAGCCGGCGUAUUGAACGAAGUGAUAAUAGAGACGAUUAGUAAAACAGGGGAAUGCAUUUACGUGGAGAAUUAUACAUUUGAAGCUUACGUGAAGGAAAGGGAAAAAGUGGACCAACUGAAUUACCAGAGGGAGCACACACAACAAGAAGACAACCGAUACGAUUUGUACAUACGAAAUACAUUGUACAACCAAUUCCAAAGGGAAAAACAUCAAACGUUAAUCAAUAUAAAUCACAAUAGGUAUAACAUUAAUGCUAACUUUGCAAAUUACAAACAUGUGGGGUGUGAAGAGAAGGAAGUGUGUUUUGGGGUAAGCACAAAAAGGGAUGGAGAACCCUUUAUUGUUGGUGUUACUGAAGGGAGAAACGCGCAAAGUGGUUCUACUUGUCGCUCCUCUAAUAUGCAUAGCGGUAGGGAUCAAAGGAGGGCAAACACCUUCAUGGAAGUAUCGUCUACUCAUGCAAACAACAUGACUGAGAAUCAAACAAUGAGAGAAGGAUACAUGUUCGAUUCGGAGAUAUACGAUAGUGAAAGCGUGAAAUUGGUAGAAAAAAGUUUUAAGUGCAACAUUAGUGACUUAAAAAAUGGGACCUACGUUGUAACGUAUAACUUGGGAAGGUGUGGGUACUACUACUUGUCUAUAUUUUGUAAAAAAAAAAUUGUUGGAAAUUCCCCUUACCUCAUUUACAUAAAGCCGAAUGUGGCAUAUGCCCCCAACUGUGUCGUGUACAAAAGGGUGAACGGGGAGAUGAUUUUCCCGACGGCGAACAGAGGGGAAGGAAGAAGAAACUGGAAAUUAUCCACGCGUGGAAGGUUCAAAAACAUCUAUAACGAUUCCCUAUGCGCAAAUUCGUUUGAAUUAGCUCAUUCCCAUUUUAGCGAAUCGGGAGUCGAUAACAGUAGUGAAGGCGGCGCCUCCGAGGGGCUUCUGUCCAACAGCGAGGAACAGUGCCACGUACAGGACGACGACAAGGACGAAGAGAAAUAUGAUGAUGAUGAUGAUGGUGCCUCCAAUGCAUCGGAGGAAGACAACCUCAUGCACAUUUUGAAAUACGAGGCUGGAAGGAAUCCUGGUGACUGCAGUGAUGAUGAGAACCACAAGCAGUUUGAUAAUUUCUUCAUCCAAAGUUACGACGCCUAUAGGAAUGCCAUCUGCGAAGGAGGCGACUCGUUUGAAGCGCACGCUCUCGGAGGUGUUAAAAUUGUUAGGGUGAACGACCUACAGAAUGGAUCAUAUGAAGUUAUAUACUCCUACAUAAGUUCAAGGAAUUCAACAUAUGCAGAGGAAGGUUCCAUCCCAUACAGGCAAAUAAACGUAACGCUGAACGGAUGGCACGUGAAGGGCUCUCCCUUUAGAAUUGUCCAUAGAAAAGACAAACAAAUGCACUACUUACAAAGAAUAAAAAACUUACUACCCAUAGAUGAAAUAAACCCCGUGGAUCCUCUACGCAGUCUACACGACAUAAUGCAGUCUUACCGAUAUGUGAAGGAAAACUAUCUGGAUGAGAAGCAAGAAAGGUAUUUCAUGCAAUUGAAUCCGUACUACAAGCAAGAUGAACUGAACAAAAUACUUCGUAAGAUAGAUCCCAAUCUCGUGUCCCUCAUGUCCAUACCAUUACGACAACAACUACUUAACCAUGUGAUGCAUCUAAAUAAUGAUAGAAAAGUAGUAAAGUUGAAGCAGGUGCUCUUUAAGGAACUUUUCCUUACGCUAAGGAAAAUGGUGAACUGCGCAGAUAGCUACAACGAUGAUCUGGAAAAGGACAAAGUCAGCCUUCUGGAGGAAAGACGCACACAUGAUGUGAGCAUCCGAGAAGCUAAUGCCAUGUAUGAAUCCUUGAAGGGGAAGAAUAUCCAUUCGUUACCUUUCGACUUUUCCAUUAAAGAUAUGAAGAAGUACGAGGAUAAGUUGGCUCUUAAGAAGAAGGAGCUACUAGAGAAGCAGACUAAGCUGAUAAACAGAUACAACUCCAUCAAAUGCAAGGAAAAGAAAUUUUACCAGGACAGGGAGGAAAUCACGACCCAGCUGACGAAGAAGUAUGAGAUGCACCAGACCAUAUACGAGCAUUCGCAAAAGGCUCUCAUUCACACAAACAGUGCCUUGAAGAAAAUCACUAUAAGCAAUAUUAAGCGGAACUGCUCCGCGGAGCGUGCUCUGCUGGGCGGCAAGGUGGGCACCAAGGUUGACCCUGAUGCGGCCACAGCAGGUUUGAAGCGGCUACUAUAA